UUCAAGUUUCGUAAUACUGGUUCGCACUUCCAGGCCACCGUACCUAUACUAUGUAUGGUGCGUCCAUAUGUGCAGUACUGACUUGUUGGGUGAUGUGAGUCAUCCAGUGUCUGUGGCGUCACAUUUCACUUGCUGCUGUCAGAAUUCUCUCUACCACCCAUGAAAUCUUAUGACUGUACUUGUCAUUCUGGCUCUCGCAUUGUUAAGGCCCUUUCUGGUGCGCAGAUAACCCGUAUGUCAGACACCAUGUCCACUUACCAGAAGAGGAAGUAUGCACUUAACAUUUCAGCUAGCAUAACAACGUUGCUUUGUCACUUGAAGGAGUCAUAAUUUUAUGCUUCUUUGUUGUCCUCAUGAGCUACUUGAAAUGUUCCCUAGACUAUUCUGUAACAUUAAGGCCUCACACCUCAUUGCAUUUCAAUUUCAUUUGAACAUUUGUUGUCUAAUAGAUAUAUCCUGUUGCAUUCAACAAUAUCAACAGACCCCUGGUGUAUUUUGUCAAAGCGAAAUGGUCAAUAGAGCCCAGACAGCAGCUCGCAGAACUCCACCAUUUACAAAGAUAAUAAACAAAUGAAGUAUAUCAACCCCGGAGCACCCACCCAAACAAAAUACGCUUCCACAAGGAAGAGGCUACAGGACAUGUUUACGAAGUCCUCAUUAAGGAAGUUGUGAGAUAACACACGCUUGUGCAUCACACACAGUUGAAGGCAUGCACGUCUGCACACACGCAAACACACACACACACACACACACACUCGCAAAGAGACCAUACGCACUGAGCAAUGCAGAGCCCACCAUAUCAUAGAUAAGGGACAGAGAGAAAGAGCUGGGAACAACAGAGCGGAGCUCAGAGAGAGACUAUACUGUAAGACCUGGAGGAGAGCAGCAGGAAUAGGAAGGGUCAACAUCGCCACUAACUGCUGCCAGGAGAACCAGAACUUUCUUUGGCUACAGAUGAAAUGAACGCAAUUUAAAUUAACCUUUGGAUUCAGAGGUCCAGAAGUUGCAGUUAUUUUGUUUUUUUUUUAUUGCUGCAAUAGCUUAUUGAUCAACAACCACAGAGGGCAUAAGAUAGAAUUCUGAUUGUCUGCUGAUUGUUUUUCCCAUGGCGAGCAUUUGGAUUUCUCAACCGGGAACCAUCUGCAGCUCCCAGACUAGGCUCUUGCUGUUUUCCAUCCUGGUACUCCAGGAGCUUUUCUGUGGUGAGAGCAGUCCAAUCUCCAGCACCCAUCAGAGGCAUCGUCCUGCCCCGGGGCUGGGAGACGGGAACGGAGGGGUGGUGGAUCCAUCACAGCUGGAACAGGACAGCAACAUGGACAUGCAGAGUCUGCUGGAGAGCCUCAAGGAACAGUUUCUGCAGACCUUCAACCUGUCGGGCUUUGGUCCUUCUGGAAGUACCCGAGAAGAGCCACCUGAGUACAUGAUGGAGCUAUACAACCGCUUUGCUAACGACCACAGUGCCAUGCCCUCCGCCAACAUCAUCCGCAGCUUCAAAAAUGAAGAUUCAUCCCCCAGUGUUGUCGGUGUUGAAGGAGUGAGGUGUCACCCUCUCCUCUUCAACGUGUCAGUCCCUCGUCACGAACGCAUCACCACAGCCGAACUACGCCUCUACACCCUCGUCCAGACUGACCGCCACCUUUAUGCCGGUGUCGACCGCAAGGUCACGAUCUACGAACUGGAGUCGCAUGAGCUAGACGACAACAUGACGGAUGACAACACUGCGAUGGGAGGUGCGUUCAGAGGGGGAUUAGAGCAGAUAGAGCGGGUACAGUUGGCUUCGAGACAGGUCUACGGCACCGAUAGCGGCUGGCAGGCGUUUGACCUCACCGCUGCUGUCCAGCGUUGGCACAAAUUGGACCGUGGCACCACGCACCGGUUAGAGGUGCACAUUGCCAGUAUGGCUAAUGAAAACGUUCAAAGUAUAUCUGAGGACAACAGAAGCAGGGAUCCACCUGAAGGAGACAUGAAGAUUGAUACCAGUCCUGAGGAAAAACACAAACCGCUGCUGAUUGUUUUCUCUGACGACCAAAGCAGUGAUCACCGCGAUGACAAGCGGGAGCUGAACGAGAUGAUUGACCACGAAACCUCCAACAUGGUCCUGCAGAAUGACCUUGAGACAGGCCUUUGGGGUGAGGACGGAGAAGAACAGGUUGAGCCCGAUGAGGAGGAGCUCCUCCAAAUGCGUUCCAAUCUGAUCUACGAUUCAGCAUCCCGCAUUCGUCGCAAUGCCAAAGGCGACCACUGCAAUAAACAGAGUCUGUUUGUAGAGUUCAAAGAUAUUGGAUGGGACAGUUGGAUUCUUGCACCCACUGGUUAUGAUGCAUUUGAAUGCACUGGCAUUUGUUCAUUUCCACUGACAAAGCAUGUGACACCCACCAAGCAUGCCAUCGUGCAGACGUUGGUCAAUAUCAACAGUCCUCAGAAAGCGGCGCGAGCUUGCUGCGUGCCCACCAAGCUGGACCCCAUCUCUUUGCUGUACCUGGACGACACGGGCGUGGUCACCUACAAGUACAAAUACGAGGGCAUGGUCGUGGCUGAGUGUGGUUGCAGAUAGUCCACGCUCUGAGAGAGUUGAACACGCUACAAAGUCUUACGCUUUACAGUCAGAGGAAAGACACUGAACAAACAUAAGCUGGAAAAGGAGAUAAGCGCAGAAUGUUUUUUCGACAAAGGGACAGCUGGUGGAAUCUCUGGAAAGGUUACUCGGUGAGACUGGAAUCGCACAUUCGCUGUUCGUGAAACCCGAUGUGUACUUGCCAAAGACAGUGGAGAGACAAUGCGCUGCUGAGCUGCAGUCGUUGGUCGCUAACUGUGACCAUCGAGAGCAGUAAGAAACGAGAUUUCCCAAGGACCCAACCAAGUACGUCCAAGUGUGCGAAGCCUGGUGGGAACUAGUGGGCUUGCAUUCCCCCUCCCUCUACUUCCCCCUGACAUCUGUCUUCCUUUCUACUUAUCUCUGGACUCCCCACUUGAUGCGAACACUAAUCAGCACUUCAUGUGUCCUGGUGCAGUGAAAUGGCCUCCCAGAGGCAACCUGACAAGACAUAAACACUGUGGGCCCACCUCCUGCCUUCCGUAGCCUCUGAUACGUAGGUGCUGUGUGGGGGUCGUGGUGGCAGGGUUAUCUUCCCUAAACCCUGCUUCCCACGUCACAUGCCUCUUUUCCACUCCCUCCUAGCUAAAGUGAUAGCAAGGUGUUGGGGGGUUGAGAAACAUUGGAGUGACCACCCAGACUAGAACUGGACGUCAUUGGGGGGGCAUCUUUUUGGUAGUGGGACUGAAAGUUGGGGGUACACAGCAAAGGGGCCAGAGGUUGUUCACAUUCCUAGGUAACAGACAUUUUUUACUAGCUCAACUCACUGACCCAUCCUGUACCCCCAACGUAUCUCAUAACUCUUCCGUCGAGUCAUCCAUCAAUGUAAAAACAGACAACCAAAAAACCCAACUUUAUCACCUGUAAUCUAAAACCAAGUGUGUAAAUGGGGCCACUUCCUGUUAUGGAUCCCCAAAGAAAAUACUAUCAUUUUCUUUAGUUUAAAGCCUUUUGAUACCUCUGCUGCUUGUGUCAAUUAAAACACUAUUUAUUGUUCUAAUUUAUUAAUUUUUACAACAGAGUAGAAAUAUAUAUAUAUAUAUAUGUAUGUAAAUUUGAUAUAAAUGUAACUUUGAUACUUAGUGUAGAGCAGAUUUUGUAACCAUGACAAAAGCGUUUGCUGCACAAAAUGAUUUUCGUUGGGAAGAGAGACGGUAACAGUUUGUAAAAUAAUAAAGAAC